CGAGGAGCCGCGGCACCGCCCCGGCACCGACCGGUCCCAAACUUGUGCGCGGUGGUGGGCGCAGCCGCCGAGGAUGAGGAGGUGCGGCCGCCGCUCGGGGCCGCUGCUGCCGCUGCUGCUGCUGCUCGCGGCGCCCGGCGCCCUGGCGGCCCCGCGAUCGGCGCUCUACUCGCCCUCCGACCCGCUGACGCUGCUGCAGGCGGACACGCUGCGUGGCGCCGUGCGGGGCUCCCGCAGCGCCUGGGCCGUGGAGUUCUUCGCCUCCUGGUGCGGCCACUGCAUCGCCUUCGCCCCGACGUGGAAGGCGCUCGCCCGCGACGUCAAAGAUUGGAGACCAGCGCUGAAUCUCGCUGCCCUGGACUGCGCCGACGAGACCAACAGUGCGGUGUGCAGAGACUUCAACAUUCCUGGCUUCCCGACUGUGAGGUUCUUCAAGGCGUUUUCCAAGGAUGGCUCAGGAACCACGCUGCCAGUGGCCGGGGCCGACGUGCCGACGCUGCGGGAGAGGCUCAUCGACGCCCUGGAGACCCACCGUGACACGUGGCCCACGGCCUGCCCUCCCUUGGAGCCUGCCAGGAUGAAGGAGAUCGAUGGCUUUUUUGCAAGAAGCGACAAGGAGUAUCUGGCCCUGAUCUUCGAGAAGGAAGGCUCCUACCUGGGUCGAGAGGUGACCCUGGACCUGUCCCAGCACCAAGGCAUGGCGGUGCGCCGGGUCCUGAACACCGAGAGUGACGUGGUGAGCAGGUUCGGUGUCACCGACUUCCCGUCUUGCUACCUGCUGUCUCGGAACGGCUCUGUCUCCCGCGUGCCUGUGCUCAAGGAGACCCGGGCGUUCUACACGGCCUACCUGCAGAGACUGUCUGGGCUCACCAGGGAGGCCUCGCGCUCCACGGUGGCGCCGACCACGGCUCACAGGAUAGCGCCCACGGUGUGGAAAUCUGCAGAUCGCUCCAAGGUCUACAUGGCUGACCUGGAAUCCGCACUGCACUACAUCCUGCGGGUAGAAGUGGGCAGGUUCUCGCUCCUGGAGGGGCAGCGCCUGGUGGCCUUGAAAAAGUUCGUGGCAGUGUUGGCAAAGUACUUCCCUGGCCGGCCCUUGGUGCAGAACUUCCUGUACUCCGUAAACGACUGGCUCAAGAGACAGCAGAAAAAGAAAAUCCCCUACAGUUUUUUAAAAACUGCCCUGGACAGCAGGAAGGAGGAUGCUGUCCUGGCCAAGAAGGUGAACUGGAUUGGCUGCCAGGGCAGCGAGCCACAUUUCCGGGGCUUCCCCUGCUCCCUGUGGGUCCUCUUCCACUUCCUGACCGUGCAGGCCAGCCGGCGAAGUGCAAACCACCCCCAAGAGGCAGUCAAGGGCCAGGAGGUCCUCCAGGCCAUCCGGGGCUACGUCCGCUUCUUCUUUGGCUGCCGAGAGUGCGCGGGCCACUUUGAGCAGAUGGCUGCUGCCUCCAUGCACAAGGUGGGGAGCCCCAACGACGCCGUCCUCUGGCUUUGGUCCAGCCACAACAGGGUCAACGCCCGCCUCGCAGGCGCCCCCAGCGAGGACCCCCAGUUCCCCAAGGUGCAGUGGCCGCCCCGUGAACUCUGCUCCGCCUGCCACAACGAACUCCAGGGCACGCCGGUGUGGGACGUGGGUGCCACUCUCAACUUCCUCAAGGGCCACUUCUCCCCUGGAAACAUCGCCCUGGACCCCCCUCCAGCUGGGCGGGCCCCCCGGAGGGGGCCACAGGCUGUGGCGGCUGCCCCGAAGCUGGUGGUGGGCGCCCUGGAGUUGACGACCGGCAACGCCACUCUGGAGGCGGAGUCCCCCAGGGCCACUGUCCCUGGUGCUGCAGCCCAGGGACCCGAGGCGGGUCACCCCGAGCCAGAGCCGCAGGGGGCUGUGCUGGGGCAGCGACGCCUGAGCAGGAGAGACACGGGGGCUGUGCUGCUGGCCGGCAACCAGCCCCGGGGCCCUUCAGAGCUGAGGCGUGUGGGUCGCGGUGCUGAGCUGCUGGCCGGCAUCCUGGAGGAGGAGCCCAGGGCGGGAGCCAGGCGGGCCCCAGGCCAAUGGCUGCAGGUCUUGGGCGGCGGCUUCUCCCACCUGGAUGCCAGCCUCUGCGUGGGGCUCUACUCCCUGUCCUUUAUGGGCCUGCUGGCCGUGUACACCUUCUUCCGGGCCAGGAUAAGGGCCCUGAAGGGCCAUGCGGGCCACUCUGCAGCCUGAGCCACUGCGCAUGCGUGCGAGGGGGCAGGAGCAGCAGCCACCACCUCACCGCUCCCGUCCCACCAGCCCAGGACGGUGGGGUGUCCGCGAGAACCAGUUACCCCAUGGGCCCCCCUGGGGCUGCUGGGAAGGAGAGUUCCAUGGAUCAGGGUCCAGGCUCACCGGCCCCCACGGGCAGUGGUCUGGGGCGGCUCAGCCCCUCGCCUCUCCACCUGCGUCCUGUUUCCCAGCUCAUCUGAGGUCCUACCCCAUUCCCACCAAAGCUUCAAUCUCUCUUGCUUGGUCUUGGGCAACUGAGGCCAGGGUUUCCAAGGUACUGCAGCCAGAGGAGGGUGCCCCCACCCCCAGCCGGGUGGGCUCGAGUCAGACUCCACAGCGCCCUUCUGGACAGGAAGUGGCCUCUGUGGCAGCCCCUCAGACUUCCUGGGGGUCUGGGUCCCUGGGGUCUGCCGCAGGGCGUGUCGGGUGGGGUUUGUGGGGACCUGCCUGGCCGAGUUGGCCUAGGACAAGGAGGAGGCUGGGGUCGACAGUGCCUUGGUUCUGGGAAGCCACAGAGAAAGGUGGUGGCUGCAGAUGUGUUUGGCUUGGCCCCCUUGGGCUUCGUCUCCCCCCCUGAGCUGGGUCUUGCCUUUUUACUUUGGUCCCCAAAUCGAUGCUCACGUUGGAUGUGGAGGUUGUGGGGUUGAGGACGGCGUGGGAGCAGCUUCCCUCUCGGGGCUCCCCCUCCCGCUGGGGAGGGGAAGGAGGGCAGUGCUGUUCCCACGCUUGCUUCCCACUGCACCCCCCACCGCUUGGGAGGGCUGUGGAAUAAAUUAUUUUUGUUAAGGCAA